CAAUGAACGGGGGCGUGUGCCUGUGCGUGCUGAUGGCCGUGCUGGCGGCGGGCGCCCUGACGCAGCCCGUGUCCCCGGCAGAUCCCGCGGGCUCCGGGGUGCCCCGGGCAGAGGAGGCGCCCCGGAGGCAGCUGAGGGCAGUGCAGAGGACGGACGACGAGUCCCGAGCGCACCUGGGCGCGCUGCUGGCCAGAUACAUCCAGCAGGCCCGGAGAGCUCCUUCUGGCCGAAUGUCCAUCAUUAAGAACCUGCAGAGCCUGGACCCCAGCCACAGGAUAAGUGACCGGGACUACAUGGGCUGGAUGGAUUUCGGCCGGCGCAGUGCCGAGGAGUACGAGUACCCCUCCUAGGGGACCUGGCCUCCGUCAGCCCGCCAGGAAGCAACCUCCUGACCCAGAGGAGACAGAAUAAGAAAACAAUCACACUCAUAACUCGUUGUCUCUGAAGUUUGACAUUUUAAGUAUCUAUUUAUUAAGUUCUCAAUGUGAAAAAUCUGUCUGUAAGAUUGUCCAGUACAACCAUACACCUCAGCAGAAUUGUGCAAAUGGAAGACAAAAUGUUUCCUUCAUCUGUGACUCCUGGUCCUAAAAUGUUGCUAUGCUAUUAAAGUGAUUUCAUUCUGC